UUUCUUUUGGAUCCCGUGAACUCGUCGUUACUACAGAUUACUCUUUCUGGUUUGAAAGUUUGGAAUGCAUUUGUCUUUUUUUAAUUUACACACAUUCAGACUUAGUCACAUAUUUAAAAGUUUUUAAAACAAAUAAUUAUUAUUUGCAUCGAGAAACGUUUUAAAGGUGAUAAUUGUACUUGUAUUCCAAUGGCUUCCACCUGUUUGCAGAUGUCAGGUUUUUUGCUCAGCUGUUUCGGAUGGAUUGGGAUCAUUAUCGCGACUGCCACCAGUGAGUGGGUCGUGACUUGUAGGUUCGAUAUUACCACCUGCAAGAAAAUGGACGAGCUGGGGACUAGAGGUCUCUGGGAAGACUGUGUGCUGUCCAUUGAUUUGUACCACUGCCGGACGCUAACCGAUAUACUUUUACUACCAGCCUACAUCCAGACGUCUCGAGCCCUGAUGAUCACAGCCUCUAUCCUGGGACUGCCUGCCAUUCUCCUCGUUAUGUUGUCUCUUCCGUGUAUCAAUCUGGGCAGCGAGCCAGAAUCCAUUAAACACAAACGUUCUGUGGUGGGAGGAGUUCUCAUUCUACUGAUAGCUAUCUGCAGCAUUAUACCCACUGUCUGGUUCCCGAUCGCAUCGCACCGUGAAUCAGGCUUGGUGACUUUCGGUUACUCGCUGUACGCAGGCUGGAUCGGCGCAGCUCUCUGCCUGUUCGGGGGCUCUAUGAUCAGCUGCUGUGCGGGAGACUCUCCUGAGUACAAUGAGAACCGCUACUACUAUUCCAAGCAAAGAGCGGUCCCAUCAGCCUCUCCAAACCACGCCAAGAAUGCCCAUGUGUGAAGGUGGAUUGUAUCAUAAAGACUGUGCCCCCUGGGGCCACGUGCAAAGUACUGUAUAUUUUUGUAAAACUAUAUUACGUUAAAACCCUUAUGAAUUUGUGGAUCAGCAUAAGAUAAUUAUGUAUCCUGCUUCUGCAGUGCCUUUUAGGAGUUCAGCAUAAUCCACGUGAAGAUAGCCUGCAGCAUAUAAAACACCUUAACCUCCAUAAAACUAAAACGUAAAGCUGUGUUUCCACGACCAUGAACCAAGUUCUCACUGAGCAUGCUGUUCCAACAAUUGCCUUACCCUCCCACUGCAGGCAGGUUAAUUCAAGUCUCAACGAGAAUGGUUAGUAAGCAUUCUCAGGGACAGGUUGAGGGACCGUACAGGGCCAAAGAUCAUAAAAUUCUGACCCCUCAGUGACAAGUAAUUUCCAGUUUCCAACAGGUUUCUAACGAAACACAGGUUCCCUGCCGGCAGGAAAAAGUACUGUUCAUUAUAGGGAACAGCUCAAAAACUCCUCUGAGCACAGUAGCUUUAGGCAGUGGAAAAGCAUAUUCACUAAUCUCCACAAAAGCAGGAGAUCAGUUGGAAACAUUUUUCUAUUGCUGCUUUAUUGUGGACACCAGCGUCAAAAUUUUUGGAUGUUAAGGGAAUCAAAUUGAAGCCUGGAUAGGCAAUCUAAUGUAUCAACUCUGUUCAGCAGUUGUAGUGCACAUAUACAAAAAAGCUACUAAUUACAAUACAAAUCAUUGAUGAGCGACUGUACUGAAUAAUAAUAAUAAUAAUAAAAAACCUGUUAAGCAGUACAUUUUGAUUGGUUAUAACACUGUCACUUGUACACAUAUUGUAAGUAGAUGCACCUUGUGAGUUUCGGUCAAGCAUCACAGAUAAAAGCUGUGAUUCUAUUUGAUUUCUGCAACACUACUGUAGCCUAACAGGAGCAUGUUCCUACUCUAUCAAUACCAGAAGUUAACCAAGCAUUUUCAAGCCAUAACAGCCAUGGUCAAGGAGCAGAGACAGUUAAAAUCCAUUGUGGCCACAAAGGCGAAGCCUGUCCAGCUACCUGCAGCAGCAGAGAUCUGAUUCCAGCAAGGCAUUGCACAGCUUCACCUGCCAUGACCCGCCUGAUCUCCUGACCUCUGCACACUCAGUUUUCUGAGGCUUGCACACAGGAGGAGUGAAAUGCCAUUCCUCUUAGUCCUAUCCAUGACCUCACAGUGACAUACAGGGCUCACAAAAUGAGGGACACACCCAGUACUGACCACCGGUGUGGCUUUGCAUUACUGGUAAACCAGCCGUAUAGUUUGCAGACUUCCUGUAUAAACUUACCAUAGUAAAAGCACAGCAAAGUGUAAUAAAGCAUAGUGAAAGCAUAGUAAAGAAUAGCG